AUGUCGCAAUUGUUGCCUGCUAAUUGCAUGCAAAGUCUGCCAGCCGAACUUGUGACGCUUUUAACCAGUAUGCAGUCACAGUUCAAUGCACUUAACGAACGUACAGCACAUUUGGAAUCUCUUGCUGCCGAAAAUGUCCAAUUGCAUGCUCAAUUAGCUAAUGUCUGGCAGGAGAAUGCCAAUCUCCGAUCUCAAUUGUUGCAAAACAAUGUGACUGGUCCUGUUCCCAGCUCUGCUUCUCUUCCUGCACCCCACUUGAUUCUGCCAGCCAAAACACCUCAACUUCCUUCUGCCCACCGGGUUGCUGUCUCUCAAAGACUGUUCUCUGACAAAACUAGUCCUGAUGGUUUUGAAUAUGUUUAUAUUCCUCGCUCACGUCGUAUUAUGCACAGUGAAGUGCACCGCUCUCUCCGCACUCUUGGUGUUGACACUGGUCACCUGUUAGAUAUUAACUUUCCUGCUCGUGGAGUCAUUGGAAUUCUUCUUCAUGUGCAGUAUCUUGAGGAAUUUAAGUCCCAAUUAGCUAGUGCUAAGGUCUCUCUUGUCAGCAACUUUGAUCCACUUGAUCCUAAAAAUGUUGCUGAUCCCAAGUUUGUCAACUUGUCUGUCUCUGGUCUUGAAACCCAGGCUUUGGUUCUCCAAAAUGCCUGCUGUCUCCAAGCUCUCAAGUUUUUGCGUUCUCACUUGGUCCUGCCAGUUUCUCACUUCUUUGUCCAGUCAGGAUGGAUUGGGCUUGCGGAAAUUCCUGUCCAACCAGUAGCUGAGCACUUUGGAUUGUGGAAUACUAAUGGACUUCAACCUCGUGCAAUUAAAGACGUGCUCAACCACUGUCAAUCUCUUCAUAUGCUUUUUAUAACUGAAACAUGGCUCUUAUCCCCAGCCCGUCUUCUAACCUCCUGGUCUCAGUUUCAUCUCUAUGGAUCUUCUGUUGCUGGCAACUACUGCGGAUCAAUGGGGGUAUCAUUGUUAGUCUCUCCUUCCUGUCCUUAUGCUGUCACACAAAUACCUAUGCCCAACAACUAUGCUCUUGCUGUCAAGAUUGGUACCCUUCGACUUAUAUGCCUUUACUUACCACCCUCUAUGCCCACUCACGAAGCUCUUGAUAUCCUCUCAGUCAUUCCUUUAACUGAUGAUACCAUUAUAUGUGGAGAUUUUAAUGCACGCCUUGGUUCAGUAACUGGUGACUAUGCAUGUAACUCUCGUGGUAUAGCUUUAGAGCAAUGGUUUGAAGAACGAUCUUUAACUGUCCUCAAUAGAGUUCUCUCACCAUGCACACCCACAUACAUUUCCUUUCGUAACGAAGUUGAAAUCAGCAGCAUCAUUGACCUUUUUAUCACCAACACCAACUUUGCCAACCCUUCUUUACACGUUGCAACCGAACUAUCUUUAGGCUCUGAUCACCGACUUCUCUCACUUUCCUUUACUUAUGACCUGCAACACUCACCACCAGCACCUCCACCUAUGCGCCAAACUUGGAAUCUGUCACGUCUUUAUGAAGAUGAUGUCAGAUCAUUAUAUGUCACCACCUUUGUCAACAAAUCCGCCUCCCUUCUCACCACACUACAAGACCUUGUUCAGAAUCCGCCAACUAUAUGUCCACCCAUUGAUGCUCUUACUAACUCUUUCAAUGCACUCAUUUAUGACUCUCUUAGUAGCUCAAUUGGUUCUCGUCCCCCUCGCCCCUCACAUUGGAAAUCAUUUUGGACCCCUGCAUUGCAAGCUGCAGCCGACCAUAGAGAUGGUUGUUACAAGCAAUGGCGUUGA